UUGGUACUCUCGCUCAUAGAUUACAUCUGACAUGAUUGGUGUGCUCUUGAUGGAAACAGAAAUAUAUGCCGCCCCAACUUUAGCUGAGUUGUGUGCACGUUUUGUUGAUUGCAUAAAAACAGGACAAAUUAGAACUGGAAAGUCUUUGGAACUGUUUCCAAAAAUUCUGUCAUGCAUUGCAAUGUGUAGCUCUGUACCACUCACUCUAGUGAGCAGCGGGACAAUGAGUGGCAGUGAGUACAAAAGUCACGUAUUGAAUAAUGUUUGUGCUACCAAGUGGCAUGCAGACUCUGUAAUACAUCUUGCAAAUAUGUUCAGAGAUGUUCCUAUGUCAUCAGAAGAACUAAAAUUUGUUUUGGACAAGAUCAUCAGAAUGCUCCCGGAUGUUGAUUUGCGUGAACUACCUGGUAUUGUUUACCAGUUGCUGUUGUUGUCGGUCAAGGGUCACAAGGUACUUGUUUUGGAAGGAAUCUCUCAAUUCUUUAAUGAACUCGACUGUCGGUGCAAACAAGAGACAUCUGCAAGGGAAGGACUAGGAACUAUUUGUGUGAGCGAUCUACGUCAGACAGAAGGCAAUGUAAUAUUGCACAUUGUUUUUGCAAUUAAGCAAGAUCAGGACAGAGGAAGAGAGUUUAUUAAGUAUCUGAAGACUUGUCAGCAGCAGACCAGUGACCAUGUCUUGGCUCCAUUUAGUAUUGCCCUGGCUCUAUCAGUAACAAGGAUACAGCGGUUUGAAGAGCAAAUACUUGAUUUGUUAAAGUCAGCUGUUAUGAAGAGCUGUAAGGACAGUGAGCGGUAUAAAAUGUCAAAGUGGAUACAAGAAAAUACUUCUGUACCUGUCAAUGUCGAGGAACAAAUUUUGGCAACUGUAGUGAACAGCAAGUCUGGGUGGGACCAUGUUACUCAAGGAAUGGUCCAGUUUGGUUUUCUACUGAUGGAUUCAUACAGUCCGAGAAGUGGAAAUGACUCUGUUGCAACAGUUUGGCUGAGUCCUAGUCAAAGAGCUUGUGAAAUGGGCUCUAAGCUUCUUUUGGAAACUUUCAAGAGCCGUGAGUUUGUCAGAGCUGAGAUAUUGGAGCAAUUACUGAACAGAAUUAUAACAAGACCAACAACAUCGUACUACAUUGAUCUUCUAGCUGGUGCUAUUGCUUCAUGUCCUCAAUUUCUAAUUGAUUCGCGUAGCAAAGUAAGGGAGAUAUUUGACUAUUUGAGCUUUCUUCCAGUUCGGACAGCUUAUGGUCUACUUAGAGCCAUUGAGCCACUUCUCAAAGUCAAUUUGCCACUUCGAAACUCACUGAUGUUGGUAUUGAGGAAGUCACUCUUUUCUAGACAAGUGGAAGCACGAAAGAUUGCAGUGAUGGGAUAUCUUUUGGUGUUGCAGAAAUUUAAGGUUAUUGGUGCUGUUCUUCCAAGCAGCCAGCCACUUAGUCAAUCCCUUCAUCUUAGUCAGGUUGAAGUGGAUGUUCAUUGUCGGCCAGAUUCUGCCAGUAAUGAAGUCCUUUGUUUAGAGAUUCUCGGCAAUUUGAGACGAUGUUUUACACAGCAGUGUGAAGUUAAGCAAGUUCUUUAUGAUGGUAUAUACAAUAUUCUUAGACUAAACUCACAGCUUGGUGGUUCAAUAUUGGAAUUGUUGCACCAACAGUUUGAAAAAUACUUUGAAUCUGGUGAUGAUGUGCUACCACCAAUCAAGCUUGCACCAUGUUUGUGUGGAACUGCUGGUGAAAUUAAUUUGUUUGAACCUUUGGCUAAUCUGCUGAGUUGUCUUCAACUUUGUGUGGUCAGACAUGAUGACCAGACAUCAGAAGAUGAACAUGAUGGCUGUGACAUAGAGUUUGUUGGCAAAUGCAAGAAAUCACUAGUUUCUUUGACAAAGAGGAUCCUGAGAUGUGAACUGGAAGAUUUUGAACUAGACAAGUCUUCUGAUUUUUGUCAUGGCAACAGUGUUGGUGUAAAAAACAAGCUAUAUGCUGAGCAGUUGCUAGGAAUAUAUGAGGCGCUAAUUGAGUUCAACUUUUUGACCUAUGGAUUCAGCAUUGAGUCUUCUGAAGUCAUUCUGAAACUUUUUGGAGCUUAUCGGACACUCUUUUUGUUAUUGAAAGAAAAGUCUGCAGGAGUUGGCAGAGUUCGUCACAGACUGGUAUCAUCAAAGCUAUCAAAUCAUUUGUCUCUCCAUGGCACUGUCAAAUUGAUAAACGCAUUAUUCAGUGAUUCAGUUCCAAGUCAUCAGCAAGCUCUUUCAAUGUUACGAGGUAAUCAGUACUUUGUUCAGCAUGUUGCUGCAGUAGCUGUGCAAAAGAUACAACAGAUUCAAGAAAGUGGUUCUUGUGCUGGUGCAUUUGGGAUGCAUCCAUCUCUUAUCUUUGAUCAGUGCUGUAUCAUGGGAAAAAACUUGCUCAGAAGAUUUACUUUAGAUUUUCAGUCAGGUGGAGAAGAAUUGGAAUCAACCAAGGAGAAAUCAGUGAUUGUAGUUUGCUUGGAUGGUUAUUGUCAGUUGGUUAAGGCAGUUUGCGUCCACUAUCCACAGAAACUUUUCGAGUUUCUUGAUUGCAGCUCUUCUCAUGCUGCAUCUGGUGGUGUUUCUUCUUCAGCUGCACAACGUAAAUUUCAUCAGCACAUCAAGAAAUUGCAGAAAGUGGCUAUGGCCUCUUUCUCUGACAGUGAAAGUCCAUUUAGACCUAGAGAAGCAGCACUGGUUGUGUCUCUUAUUGAGACAUUGUCACAGAAACUUGUACAGGACAGUGAAGAGGUGCAGCAGGUAUAUGGUUGGUGCCAAAAGCUGUGCGCAGAGCAAACCAUUGACGAUCACAUCCUUGUGAAAGCUUUAUUGAAGUUGCUGUUUUCGUUGACUUUGCAGUUGAAGUCAGGCACUUCAUUGAUGCGUAAACUAUCAGGAGAUGUCCAUUACCAACUGGGAGAUGUAGAGGAGGAUGUUGAAGUUGCUGAACAGCGCAAUUAUAGCAUUGUGUCUUCUACCACUGCUUCACCUACGGUCAUGCCUUCUUGCGUACAUUUCUUUGACCUGUACCUGUACUUGAUGCAGCUGUCUGUGGUGGGACACCUGGAUCUUGUCCUGGGAGAUAUCGAUUGGAUGGUGAAUCGAUUAAAGAGCCAAGUCAGAUCUGGAGAUGUAUUAGUUGUUGAAACAUCACAGGGAGUUGAGACACAAGAGAGGCUAGAGAAUGCUGUUUGUGUUCGCCUAGCUGGUGUUGUACUGUCACUUCACCAUCUUAGUCAAUCAGCUAUUCUCCCUGUUGUCACUGACUCUUUAAUAAAGGUACUAACUCGAGCUUACGGCUCACUAUGUACGGCAGCAAAAUAUUUUCUUGCUCUCUACAGCCAACGCGUAGGAGAACUAUCUGGUCAAUUUGAGAAAUUGGUGAAGCUCACUGCCACAAGACUACAACCCCAAGUCUACUCUCUUAUUACGUACAUUCAAAGUACGCAAGUGGCUGAGCCAGCUGUGCUGAAGAAGGGUAAAGGCAAGAAGACACAGACUGCGCGGGGUCACGUUUUUCGUGAGACAAAGACAGUUCCAAACCUGAUAUACCAAAUUGAGCAGUAUGAAAAAGUCCUUAUUCAGUUGUCAACAAAGUCCAAGGUAAAUCUCAUGGAAAACUUCAAACGUAGCACUUCAAGGGACUUUCGAAUCAACCCAGCGGCAUUGGACCGGGCACUAAAUGACCAGCAGGAAACUAAUGAUGAACUUGCAGACUGCAAAGACAAAGAGAAUGCUUCCAUGGAUAUACAGCAGGAUGAGCCAAGUAACCAGGCUGAACUAAGUAACCAGGCUGAACCAAGUAACCAGGCUGAACCCAGGAGGAAAGGAAACGUUAGGAAAACCGUUCGUCCAGCAAAUAGUAACGCAAAGAAGUUGAAAGUCUAACUAUAAACUUCGAAAGGUUUGCUACCCAACUACUUACUAUAUCUAUGAGCUUUGUAGUAUAUACGUGCAUGAUGAUCGACACUCUACUCAAAACAAGUGAACUAUGCAUGUUGUAGUGGUUGAAAAUCACUCGUGUUUUAGUAUCAGCUAUUGCCGAUUUCAUUGGAGCGACUUGUUUGGCUAGAGCAUUCAAGGUGACUCUAGCGUUGCUUAGACAACUGUAUCUAAUGUUGCAUCAUUUAGUGUAUCAGAUGUUGAGUCCAACAAUAAAAAUGCCUCUUUCUUUUCAUUAC